UGGGGCUUGGUUUGGGGUUAGGGCCGGGGAUGCUGCAGCUGGGCCGACCUGCGGGGUUUGAGCCGUGGCCGAGGGAUGGCCCAUGUGCGGGUGGCCGUGAGGGUCCGGCCCCUCAGCCAGAGGGAGACCAAAGAAGGGGGAAGAAUUAUUGUGGAAGUUGAUGGCAAAGUGGCAAAAAUCAGGAAUUUAAAGGUGGACAGUCGACCUGAUGGCUUUGGCGACUCCCGGGAGAAGGUUGUGGCAUUUGGCUUUGAUUACUGUUACUGGUCAGUCAACCCAGAGGAUCCCCAGUAUGCAUCUCAGGAUGUGGUGUUCCAGGAUUUGGGGACUGAAGUACUGUCUGGAGCUGCCAAAGGCUACAACAUAUGCCUUUUUGCCUAUGGGCAGACAGGCUCUGGGAAGACAUACACCAUGCUGGGCACCCCAGCGUCUGUUGGGCUGACACCACGGAUAUGUGAGGGUCUCUUCGUCAGGGAGGAAAACUGUGUCCCACUACCUUCCUCCUGCAGAAUAAAAGUAAGCUUCCUAGAAAUCUAUAAUGAACGAGUGCGGGAUCUGCUGAAACAGUCUGAUCAAAAAAAGACCUAUAAUCUGCGGGUCAGGGAGCACCCAGAGAUGGGGCCCUAUGUACAAGGUUUAUCUCAACACGUAGUUACCAACUAUAAGCAAGUAAUUCAGCUCUUGGAGGAGGGAAUAGCAAACAGAAUCACAGCAGCAACCCACGUUCAUGAGGCCAGCAGCAGAUCCCAUGCCAUCUUCACUAUCUACUAUACGCAGGCAAUCCUGGAGAACAACCUCCCCUCUGAAAUCGCUAGCAAGAUCAACCUUGUGGACCUAGCAGGCAGUGAAAGAGCAGAUCCCAGUUACUGUAAGGACCGGAUUACUGAAGGAGCCAAUAUCAACAAGUCUCUUGUGACUCUGGGAAUCGUCAUCUCCACUUUAGCCCAGAACUCUCAGGUAUUCAGCAGCUGCCAGAGCCUCAACAGCGCAGUGAGCGAUGGUGGUGAUAGUGGGAUCCCUAGCUCUCCUUCCGGGACCACUAGUGGAGCAGGACCCUCCCGGAGGCAGUCUUACAUCCCCUACCGGGACUCUGUGUUGACCUGGCUGCUGAAGGACAGCCUCGGUGGCAACUCCAGAACCAUCAUGGUUGCCACUGUGUCUCCUGCACACACUAGCUACAGUGAGACCAUGAGCACACUGAGAUAUGCAUCCAACGCCAAAAACAUCAUCAACAAGCCACGGGUAAAUGAGGAUGCAAACGUGAAGUUGAUCAGAGAACUCAGGGAAGAGAUUGGAAGACUGAAAGCAAUGCUGCUGAGCUUCGAGCUGAGAAACGUACGUUCAUUGAAUGAGGGAAAGGAUGAAAAUUUGAAGGAACUGGCUCUCCAAAAUGAAUUGAAGAUUGACCAGCUGACUAAGGACUGGGCCCGGAAGUGGAAUGAGUGGAAGGCCCUCGUGGAGCAUUACAGGGUGGACAUCAACAGGAGGAGGGCCGGGCUGGUCAUCGACUCCAGCCUGCCACACCUGAUGGCCUUGGAGGACGACGUGCUCAGCACAGGUGUCGUGCUCUAUCACCUCAAGGAGGGGACCACAAAAAUAGGAAGGAUUGACUCAGACCAGGAACAGGACAUUGUCCUGCAGGGUCAGUGGAUCGAGAGAGACCACUGCACUAUCACCAGCGCCUGUGGGGUCGUCGUUCUGCGGCCUGCCCGCGGGGCCCGCUGCACAGUCAAUGGCCGGGAGGUCACUGCCUCCUGCCGUCUGACCCAAGGAGCAGUCAUAACCCUGGGGAAAGCACAGAAGUUCCGAUUCAACCACCCUGCAGAGGCCGCCGUCCUCCGGCAGAGGAGGCAGGUUGGAGAGGCUGUUGGUGGCAGUGGCUCUCUGGAGUGGCUGGACUUGGAUGGAGAUGUCACUGCCUCUCGGAUGGGUCUCUGCCCUUUGCUUUGGAAGGAAAGGAGAGUGCUGGGAGAGCAGAGUGACGAGGACCACUGGCCACCGAGGGCUGGAGAGACACCCCACAGGGCCCAGAUUCAGCAGCGGCCGAGCUUCGUGGGGGAUUUGAGGCAGCGAAUCCUAGCAGGACAGAUUAGAGCCAAACAGGAACCGGAAUUGGACGAGACGCGCGCCAGCUGGCAGGUUGUAGAUGACCAGCAGUGGCUGCUCAGAGAAGAGACCUGGCCGGCCCGCUUGCAGCAGCCGCCGCAGCAAGCCCGCGUAGCAGAGAAAGAACUUGCAUCUGCUCUGCCCUCUGAUUCCUGGUGCCAGACAGACCCUGAGACUCAGCCACCCCCCCUGGUCCGAAGCCGGAAAAGGGUGGUGCACCCGCAGCUCCUGCGGAGACUCGUGCAUCGGGCAGCAGAGCGGGACGUCCGGCGGAGAAGGGUGUCAUUCCAGCUGGAGAGGAUCAAGAAGCAGAGGCUGCUGGAGGCCCACAGGAGACCACAGCAGCUCAGGGCGCUGUGCCGACUGCAGGAUGACCGCCCCUGGAGGGCCCCCUUCCUGGCCCCCCGCCCCGGUGCCCUGGUCCCAGGGCCUCAACGUAGAAGCAGAUUGACACGUUGCAGUUCUUUGAGCCUCCGAAGGCCCUGUGGCUGGCACUCGGUCCAGCUGCACAGUGUUUUCCUGAAUCCGGAUCUGUCCACCACGUUACCUCCUAUGCCUGACCCUACUGAGCAAUUAUCAGAGAAAACCCCAUCAGAAGAGUAUUUGCCCCAGGCUGCUUCUUACCCGCUAAGGACAAGGCAUGUCAUCAAGCAUGCCCUCCGUUCCUCAGGUGAGGGGCAGCUCUGCACAGCCAGGAAGGCCCUGGCCAAGAAGGGAGCCUCACCCCCAGGCACCAGCCUCACCAAGAGCUCUGAGUCUGCCAUUGUCCAGGAAGCAGAGAGCGUGGGUAAGCAGCCCUGUCGGGUGGUGGCCCAGAGAUUAGCAUCUCUGGGCCAGUCAGCUAACAAGCUAAAGCCAUGGGAUGAGCCAGAGGUCCUCACCCCUUCCACCCGGAACAGGAGGGCUAGCCACGCACUAGUGGGGUGGGGAAAAGAAGGGAACAUUGGGCCCCCCGAGGCUGCUAAGGGAGCCAGUUGCAGUUCCUCACAUCCCCAUGUCCAACAGACAGCUGGGUGUGGGAAGGCGGCCAAGACUUUCUGGGCGGAAUCCACACCACCCUCUCCAAGGAGGGUCCUGGCAGCUAGGGUCAAAAAGUCCUCUCGCUUUGCUUCACGGCAGCCCUUUGAAGAGGCAGCAUAGUCAAGGGACCCAGACACCAUGGCCUCACUCACAGAUUCCAGCCCUGUAAUGGAUCUUGGAAGAGAAAAGGGUGGUGAUUUAUCUGACGCAGAUAGCGGUCACUCAGUAGAUUCUCUCUCCUGUGUCUGUGCCAAAGCCCUGCCGGCACCACUGAAGCUGGAGGAGCCCCAGGGGAAGCAGCGGGAUCUCCCGGAGCCAGAUGACUCCGAAAGUGACGACAGCCAAAUAUCUGAGGACUCGCUGGCCGAGAAGGGGUACCAAAGCCCGCGGGACAGCCCAGGGCACAGUUAUCUCACCAAUGGCCACGGCUGCUUCAGGGCCAGAGCUCGAGCCUCUGUGAGGGGCUUCACCACGUCCUCAGGCAGUCGACUAUUCACCCAGACUCACAGGAGCUUUUCCCUCGACAGCCUGAUUGACGCUGAGGAAGAACUGGGGGACCACCAGCAAGAAGGGCCUUUCUUCGGUUCAGCUGACGAGAUGCCCACGGAGACUUUCUGGCGCCUGCAGAGCUCCAGUCUGCCCGCAGGGGACCAGGAGGCAGUGUGCCAGCUUGGUCCCAUGAGCCACAGAGCAGGAGUCAGGCUGGGUGCUGUCCUGCCGGUGAGCAGCUCAUUUUACUUGGCGCCCCAGCCCCCCUGUGAGCAGCCUGAGUUGGCGGUGGAGGCAGAACAAGCCAACACUCUCCAAGACGUGCAGGUUUCAAGAGGGAGCCCUCUGGUGUCCGUGGAUUCCUGGUUCUCCUGUGACUCCAAGAUCAAUCCCAGCAGCCCCCCACGUUCUUUAUGUCCAAGUCCUGAUGUCCAGAAUGUUCAGCCCUGCAGUUGGGAGAGGCCUGGAUACUGGCACAAUAUGGAAGAACUAAAGUCAUCAGGUACAGAAACAGUCCUGCCCUACAACUCUGAACUGCCCCCAGGCAGUGCUGAGCUGCCCUGCAGUGUCAGAAAUGUGUACACUGUCCCUAUUUCUGAUACAACGAGGGUGUCCUUCUGGGGUUCCUGCAGGCUUCUUCAGCCAGGAGCCGAUGGUGCCUUUCAGCCCAGAGGGGUCCCUGACACGGUCCAGCAGGACGUCUCUGAAGCACCUAACUCUAGUGUGUCAAGCUUGUUGGCUGCCUCUGCCACCUCAUUCACUUAUGUUGGCAGCGCCUGUGAGAGAGACUGGGCUGCCCUUCAGCAAAAGUACCUCCUUGAACUGUCUCAUCCUGUUUUGGAGGCCACAGGCGUGCCCAGGCCAGCUUUCCCCUCCCUCGAGGGAGACUCUGGUUCCCUGACUCAAGCUUCUGGCAGGGAAGGGGAUGCUCUAUUGCCAAUUGGUCCUGGGGUAUCUAGCAGCCCGGAUUUCAACAACUUUCCUAUCCAUCUGUCCAAAAUUAGGCGUUUGAGAGCUGAGAGAGAACAGGACAGUCUGAGUGUCGAGCUAGAAGGUACUUCAGAUUUCUUUACAAUUAGUGAGAAAGAGGUGAGUCGUAGUGGAACUUAUUCAGCAGACAUAGAAUCAUCGACUUCUGGAACUACAAAUGCACAGGUCUCCGCAGCAGAGAACCAGACAGCACAUCCCGUGAUGGAAGCACGGGGAGUCAAAGAGAGCAGCUUGGAAGAGUCACCUCAGAGUAGUGAGAAACUUGGACACAUGGCGUCCUCUGAGGAAUGUUUCGUCAUGAGGAACCCUUGUCACCAUAUCGUCACCAUAGCCACCAAAGACCCCCAGUGGCCCCGAGGCUGGGCUCCUUUGAGGAAGAAUAGUGCAGGCCCAGCGGGGCAAUUAGGUCAGGACAGCCACCGCCCCCCACAGGAAGAGAAGGCAGACUCUCAGGAGAGCUCCAAGGAAAUGAGUGGAAGACACAACAAGCUUUCCUUUGCCUUUCCUUCAGGUCCAGAGCUGUACCUCCACUCUGCUCCCUGGAAUCCACUCCCAUCUUCCCUGCAGCCACCUCCCUUGGAAACAUUCUAUGUGACCAAAAGCCGAGAUGCCUUCACAGAAACUGCCUUGGAAAUCCCGGCUUGCAGGGAAGCAAAGGUGCCCUCCCCACCCCCCAGGGACGUGUGGGGCUUUGGACAUGAGCACCAAGUCCUCCAAAAUGUGUAUGUGAAGAAUGAAUUGCCAGUACUGUUACAAAGCCAGAAUUCCAAGAUUGUGUCAUCUCAGCAGGUCACAGCAGAGAGGCCAGUUGAUCUGAACACCAAGGAAGUGAGUAGAGAAAAAGGGAAAUGCCUUGGAAACAAUGAAGAAGAAAGCCAUAAUUCAGUUUAUUUUUUUGUCACUCAGAACAGACAUUUUCUUCCAUCUACCAGCAUAAAAGUAUGUGAGUUUGAAAAUCAAGUUGGAAUUUUAAAUAAACAUAGUCUUCCAACACUCGGGCAGGGAGAAAAGGCUACUGUACAAUCCUACUGCAGUGUUUCCUCGGACAGUUCUGGGUCAAGGCAGCCUCUCCUGGUGUGUGAAUCUGAGACGGGUGGGGAGGAAGAGCAGGGUCAGGAUGCAGUCCUCAGACAGACCCAGGCCUUUGACACGAAGACACAGUUUCCUUCUCGGGUCAGCUCUGAUUUCAUCUAUAAAACCAUCAAUUUAGGCCUUGACAAGGACAAGAUAGGGGAAGCUGCUCUUUCUUUGAAGUCCAGAUCAGUACAUCAUAGAGUAAGUAGCCCAGAGACAGUGGCCCGGGAUGAGAGUCCAACCCACAAGAGGGAAAGGGGGAAUGAAAUCAGGGUUCUUGGAAGAGUGGUGCAUCCCAAAGAUGGCUCAGAAGAGUUUCAGCUUCUACAGGCAGAAUCUACAUAUGAAAGAUUCCAGUCUUCACGCUCUCAGGAAAGAAACCUCGGUGAAUGCAAGGUCCCGGGAAAGACACAAGGAACGUUAAACCCCAAAGAAGAACCUCCUGGAAAGAAAUGGAAUAAAAGAAUUAAUAAUGCUGCUGAGAUGGCCAGGCUAAUUAGGAGUGUAAUGCAGCUGGAAAAUGGAAUCUUGGAAAUUGAAUCCAAACAGAGUAAACAGCUAUAUGCUUCCCACACACCAGGAGUCAGUAAGGAGUUUAUGUUCCAGGACCAGAAGGACCAGGAGAUGGCUGACCAUGUGCUGAGGCAGGGCAGCUUUAGAAACCACCUGUCCUUCAAGGAUCAGCCAUCUUCUCCAAAACAGACAGAUGAUGCUGUCUUUAGGGAUGGGGAAGCUAGAGAAAUGGAAGUUAACAGUAGCAUUGACCCCCGGGUACACGACGUCAGAUUUGUGAGAGGGCGCGCCUACCCGGCUGUAUUAGGUAGAGCCGCCAGGGACACUGGUGAUUGUUUAGGGAAAUGUACAGUUUGCAGAGAAUGCACCAACACUUCUGCUCAUCCAAGGACAAUGAAAGCUUCAGCUGGAACUCUGCCGUUGCAGCCCAGGCCUGAGAGGACUUCUGCAGAGGGCGAGCUGGGGAAUGCAGCACCCCCCAGACGGCAGCCUCGUGGCUUGGGAAGUCUUAAGGAGCUGGAGGCUGUGAAGGGUUUUCAGGAAAGCCAUCUUGCCAAACACAUACGUAAUUCUAAGCAAGCGGAGCCAAAAGGUCAAGGCAGAGUUGAAGAAACAGCUGUGCAACGAGGGAGCCUACAGGAGAAAAACAAAGUGGUCUUGUCGACUCAGCAACUCCCUGGUCUGUGCCAGCAUUGUGUGCGCACAUUUUUCAGCCAAGAGACCGGCCUGUUGCCGAGCCAGCCAGACUCCUGUAUGGCUCCUCACCAAGACCUGAGUAAUGCCUUGCCCUUGAAUUCAACACAGCUGCCAAGAAGCUGUCUUUAUGCACCUGAUACCGUAGGCAUCCCUUCUGUGGACUAUGUGCUGGAUCCCACCGUGUUGAAAAUGCCCACCAGCCCCUUGGUAACUGGAGUGGGGCGUCAGGGCCAGGGUGGAGAGCCUGGGCGUCACAGUCCGCAGGGAGGUGAUAGAUGGGGCUCCUCCAGGACGCACCCUGAAUGGUGGGGGUCUGUGACAUCCAUGACCGUGGGAUCUCGUGGUUCAUCCAGUGCACCAGGGAGCAUUCCCCUGGGGGCAGAGGGCAGGAGGUCAGUAAGCACCAGUCCCCAAGACCACGGAGGGAGCCUCAGAAGGACCUUGAAGGGCUUGGGUAGCAAGGUGGGUUCUCCUGAGGCCAAGGCAGCUGUACCAAAAGGGCCAGACAAAGCCAGUUCCCUGAACAGGGCCUCUAGCCCCCUUGAAAGGAGGGCCAGCUGCCCCUUAGAAGAGGCGGACAGCCGAGGCAGGGACGUGAGGCAGAAGGCAGAGAAGGAGGCUGAGGACCUCAGUCCUGCUAGUAGUGGUGCUUUCUCAGCACCUGUGUCCCUACCAGGGGUGCCUCAGGCGGAGCCCUCUGCCCAUCCACCCAUGUGCCUGGCUGAGCUGGAGGAGACAGGACAGGCAGAGGCCCAGGGGAAGCAGCUUCACAACGUGGUGGCUGGGGGCACAGUCCUUCCCUACGGUGAGACUUUAUUAGAACCUGGAUGUUCUUCAAGGGGCCCUGGCAGGCCUCAUUGUCCACAAAUGGGCCAGUCACUGUCAGACAGGACCAGAAAUGAGAGUGAAGCACAGGGAUUCCAUGCGGCAUCUCUCUCUGCUGAACCAGGACACCUGUCAGUGGAUGAGAGGACAUCUGUCCUUUGGGCCACAGCCCCCUCUGCAGACAGCUGUCACUCUCUGCCCAACACUGACGCUAACACAGAGCCACGGCCUCCCUCACGGACUUGCCCCCACGCUGACCCUGCUCCAGGUAAAAGCCGUUGCACCGGAAAACCGAGACAUUUCCUGGGAGCAGGUGAACAUUUUGUGUGUCACGCUAGCUCUUCUGAAAUCAUAGAGAAAGAGAGAGAAGCAACCAGAACACCUUCCUCUGCUACCGCUUUGAGCUCAGGCAGUCUUCCUGCUUCAGCAGCCGUGGAGCAGGACAGGAGGGUAGUAGCGGAGGAGGCAGGGGCUGCCUCAUCUUCUCAGGCCCCUUCUGAUUCUGAUGAUGCUGGAGGGAGUCCACGUGGGCGAGGCCCGCUCGCUGCCUGGGAGGCCGCGGAGGGCCUGCCCCUUGGCCAUCAGGAGAGCAGCCCAGCCCACCAAGAACCUGGGACUCUGGGCAACAUGUGGGGAGGAGGUUCUGGUAACUUGCUAGCGGCUGCGAAGGGAGGAAAAACAACCAGUUUUGAAAGUCACCCUGUGAUCUGUGAUGUUCAGAAUUCUGCUAUUCUCUCAGGGCCUAAUCAAGACCAGGGCCAAUGCCUUGAGGCUUUCGCUGGCUUAGAAGAAGGGAAGGCAAGUCCCAAACGGGAUACCGUGCUGCCUGGAGCCCUGAGAGGGAUUGAACCGGAAGCUCCCUUGCAGCAGCCUGUGAAGCGGGAAGGGAGUGUCGGCUCUGGGCCGGCAGAAGCCUGCAGGGCCAGCGACAAAGGUCCUAGGCCAACUCUGUUGCCAGAUCAGAGACCCGGGGGAGUCAGGGAGGAGGCGCCAUGCAGAUGCCUGCAGGAAACUUCAGAUUGUGGUGUCUUCUCAGGGAGCACUGAAGGCAGCAGGACCCUCAGCACGUCUGGGGGUCAAGAAGACAGCAGAUCUCGUCCUUGCCAGCAACUGUGCAACCCUCAACCCGUUGCUUCCGGGGCCCAUGCCUCCCCGUCCUCCACUUCACUGUGUUACAGAGAUGGUGACCUGGGCAAGGGGGCUUCCGAGGCCACCCCACACACUCACCACCUACCCUGCAUGGUUCCCUCCAGGGCCUGGGGAAUGGAGAGAGGAGAGGGCCAUUGCAGGGAACCUGAUGUGCUCUUGGCACAUGGCCUUGAGCCCAAUGGCAUUGACGUGGAGUUGGGGCCAGCAGAUGGCAGCACUCCAAAGCCCUCCGCGGCUGCUACUCUCCUGCCUCAGGCUCAGGGCUGCAGCUCCCCUUCCGCCCCUGACGCGAGGACAAGUCCCCUCAGCCCCUCGGUUGUUGAUGGAAGCUCCAAGUCAGUAGGGGCUCCUGAGAAAAAGGCUUCCGAGAAGAAAGUCAGCACUGAGCUUGAGGCUCUGCCUUUCUGCGCAGACAAGUGCUCUGAGCCACCUGGGAGGUUUCCAGACAGCUCUGCUGGUGGCCAGAGUGCACAGAGCUCUCACCCCAAGCCAGAACCACCUGCAACAGUUGGGGGACCACACAGCCUGAAUUUAAGUGAGAGUGAGCUGCUGGCAGGACCACAACAUGGAUGCUUGGGAAAUGCCAUCAAAUGCCUUCCAGAAAAGCCACAACGUUCCUCUGAGUCCAGAGAUCACAGUGGCUUGGAUCCCCAAGCCAAAUUCAUAGCACAGUUAAAGUACAUCUCCAGUUCCCAGGCUGACAGUCUCUGGGAGGAGGAAGAGCAGCAGAGAGACCAGGCUUCAGGUGGCCGAGAAGACCCUGCCCGGGGCAGGAGCCCCACAUGUGCUGACGAAGGUGGCUUGGACAGCUGUCAGAUUAGAGGUGCAGGCAGAGAGGGCGUGGCAGUGGCCAGGCCCCCUGCAGGCUUCGGAGGCUCAGCCACUGUCCCCUUGGGGAAACGUGGAGCACGCUGGAGCCCCAAGCAGUCCUCUUCUGGCGGGGAGCAGCGGGCGCCCCACCACCGGGGCUCACUUCCCGCGAUUGCAGUCUUCUCUGGCCACAGACACUUUAGACCACGGUUCUCUGUGGUCAGCUCUUCCCGGUCUCUUCAGGAGCUGAAUUUGAGCAUGGAGCCCCCUUCCCCAACAGAUGAGGAUAUACAGGAGACUAGCAGAUUGUGGACCCCACAUCCCAGGGGCUCUUCCUCAGGAAAGUCUGCAGCAGGAAUGUCUCUGAAAGCUGAGGGCUGUGAUCAGGCAGCCUCUUCUGACUUGGACAGUAUCACUGCUGAUCCCAGGCCCCUGCCACCUGCACCCCCUCCUUACCCAGCGACUUCAGCUCUCUCAUGUAUGCCAACCCCCAAUCUCACGGCCGUCCAUCCAUCUGGUACUCGGGAGCAGGCCCAGCCAGGAAAGCCGGAGAGACUGGGAGGCCAGGCCAGGCCAGAGGAGCAGCACUCUGAGGCGGGUGGAGGAGCCCUGCUCUUCAGCUCCAGUGACAUCAAUCCCUGCAUCCUGCCCUUGCGUCCUGAGGGGCCUGCGCGCAUUGGCUGGAAGCAGUAUGUGUUUGGCAGUGCAGUUGAUGUCUCCCAUGGCCCCACAUCCCAGGGCCUGACACCAUCAAACGUAGCCCAGUGUUCCAGCAAGGACGACAGCCUAGAUGACCAGAACUCCCCAUUCCACUCCCACCUCAGCACCUUGGCCACCGCCUGGGGCCUGUCGAGCCCACGCAGCUGCAUUGAAAAUGCCCAAGGUUCACUGGAGGCCUGGCAAGUAUGGGGUUCCUCGUUUGCGCCGGGGAACCCCCACAUACUGAUCAGCUCUGAAAGGGCAGCCCCCACUAAGGGUCCUGAUGAGAGAGUCGGGCUCCCAGGCACCCCUGAUGAAGCAGGCUGUCUGAGGAGGGAGCCUCCCUUGGCUAAAGGAAAUGCUGCAGGUCCAGUGGAUGAGAUUAUGCUACUAUAUCCAUCAGAGGUGGGCGGCCCUGUGGGUCAGUCCAGGAUGAACACCUUGGAGCAGGGCACACAGACCCUGGGCUGCAGUUCCCGCUGGAGCUACACUGACCUCUCCUCUGCUCAGUCGGAUCUGGCCUCCUGGGCCAGCAUGCACAACCUCUCUCUCCACCUCGCGCAGCUCUUGCACAGCACUUCGGAGCUGCUGGGGAGUCUCUCCCAGCCAAGUGUGGCCCAAAAGGAGUGGAAUGCCAAGAGGGAGACCCCAGGUGCGGUGCCCCAGGCCCUGAGGAUGAACAGCUGUACUCAGACCACCAUGGAUGAGGGCAUCCAGACCGACCUGGCGUCACCAUCUCUGUACCUCCAGGCCUCAGAGGCCAACCCUCAGAAGGUCCAUGUGGUCCAUGAAGGCCUGGGCUCAGAACUCUCCAUCACGUCUCAGGAAAAGGGACAUGUCCCAGGGACACUUAAGAAGAGAGAGGCAGAUGAGACAGCACAGAAAAUAACAGAGCUCCUGGGUCUUCAGGAAGAAAGCACCCUCUGCAGGCCCUGGAGCGCCCCCAUACCCUCAUCCCACUUGAGUUUUCAGAAAGUCCCCUUUGGGCAGAACCUGCCUUCUCUGAGCUCUCAGGCUUCUUUGGAUGCCCCCCUGCCUUCCAGCUCCCAGCCAGAGGAACACUCCUGCCUGGCCGUCGGCAGCCCCGGCGCAUCUGCCUCCCCAGGGUCCUGCCCCCACUCUGCGGAGUCUGUUGGGGAGCCCAGGGUGCAGAAGGGGCAGGGGCCCACGCGUGCCUUGCUGGUGGACAGGGCCUCCUCCCCAAUCCUCACCCUUAGUGCCAGCACCCAAGGGUCGGGCUCCCCCCCAGGUGCUCUGUCUCUCUCAGCCCCCUCAGCUCAUUCCCUUGAAGGCUGCCAGAAGCUCGUCUCCAGCCCCAGCCUUCCCCUGUGCCCCCCCAGGCCUGCAGUGGGUAACUAUUCUCAAACCACUGAUGAGGCAGGUGGCUCCCAGAGAGCAGGGGCUCCGUGUGGGGAUGGUAGGCGUCCCUCAGAAGGAGCUGACCUCAGGUCUUUCCCUGGGGUGAGCUCCCGAGGCAGCCUGCCGCAGAGCGCAGAAUUCCAAGUCUGCUUUGUGGCGCAGCCCCCACAGCAGCGUCCGCCCAGGACCAGCGCUGGGGUCCAAAGCGGACUGCUGCCCCCACCACCGAGGAGCAGGAGCCAGAGGCUGGCCGAUGUCUUUGUGCCUGGGGACACGGACCCCCUAGGGUGUGGGCCACGGAGCAGCCAGGGGCUGAGUCGAGGGCAGAGCAGGACAGAGACAGGGGCUGACAUCUCAGCAUCCCCAGUGGAGCCACAGCCUGCUCUGAACGCUUCCUCUUCGUGGGAAGGCUUCCAGCACCGCAGCCCCUGCCCUUUCUCUGAGUUGAUGGACAGCCCAGGGCUCCAGGGUUGCAUCUUGGGCCAGAAGGAGGCCUGCCUGCCUGAGGGACCACCGCACCCCAGUUCCCAGAUGUGCAUGGCCCCUGAGCCUCUGCAUCACGGUCUGAGGGACCUCCCGGUGCAUAACAAAUUUAGCAGCUGGUGUGGGGUUCAGGAUGGCUCUCCUUGGGGGCUGGGUGUGAUGGAUUUGCUGGGGACCAGAUGUGAUCGCAGCUCUAAAGAGCAAGGACAGAGGCCCCCACAACCUCCUGAGGACCAGGGCCAGGUGCCUGAGUGGUGCUGGAGGGAGCAGAUCCCCCUGCAAGUUGGGGCCCAGAACCUCUCCCUCAGCGUGGAACUCACAGAAGCAAAACUGCACCACGGCUUCGGGGAGGCAGACGCCCUGCUGCAGGUGCUGCAGAGCGGGACCGGGGAGGCGCUUGCCGCUGAGGAGGAGGAGCGCUAUGUCGGCCCAAAACACACCGCAGAGAACCUCCGGAGGGAGCGGGCUGAGCGACUUCAAAACUUCCGCCGGACUCGAAGCCUCAGCCCCCAGAAACAACUGAGCUUCCCUUCCAACCGGGAUCUCCCUACCCGAGACUUUGACCUGCCCAGCAGGCGACGAGAAUACCUGCAGCAGCUGAGGAAGGAUGUUGUGGAGACCACCAGGAGCCCAGGGUCAGCAUCAAGGUCUUCUCACCCACCCUCUGACAUAGAGCUGAUGCUACAAGAAUACCAGCGGGCCCGUGAGGAGGCCAAGAUGGAGAUUGCCCAGGCCCGGGACCGACUGCGGGAGCGGACUGAACAGGAAAAGCUGAGAAUCCACCAGCAGAUCGUCUCCCAGCUGCUGCGGGAAGAAGAAAAACUACACACCCUGGCCGCCUCCAGCUCCCGGUGCACCAGCUCCGAUGGAAGCCUCUCCUCUGGUGUCACCUCCGGCUACAAUAGCAGCCCAGCCUUGCCAGGCCAGCUCCAGUCCCCAGACAGUAUGGGGGACACAAACUUGCCUGAUUCCAGAGACUCCUGGAUAGCAGAUGUGCGGGGCCGCUCUGCAGUGAGGAAGAGUCAGCUGAAACUGGCGGAGCCUGCCUGGAAAACCUUAGCCUACAGCCGCAGAGCCUCCCUGGGCAGUUGCUGCUGUUCUCCGUCCAGCCUGUCCAGCCUGGGGACCUCCUUCUCCUCCUCCUACGAGGAUCUGGCCAAGCACAUCGUGGACAUCUCUAUGGCUGAUGUAAUGGCUGCUUGCUCAGAUAACCUGAACAACCUCUUCAGCUGCCGAGCAGCAGCCGGCUGGAACCAUCAGGGCAAGGAGCAGGAGGUGCAACUAUACUACAAGGUGUUUUCUUCUACUCGGCAUGGCUUCCUGGGAGCCGGCGUGGUGUCCCAGCCGCUGUCUCACGUGUGGGCAGCUGUGAGUGACCCCACCUUGUGGCCCCUGUACCACAAGCCCAUCCAGACAGCGAGGCUGCAUCAGCGGGUGACCAACAGCAUCAACCUGGUGUAUUUGGUCUGCAAUACCACCCUGUGUGCACUGAAGCAGCCACGGGAUUUCUGUUGUGUCUGCGUGGAAGCCAAAGAGGGGCGACUGUCUAUCAUGGCAGCUCAGUCUGUAUACGAUGCAUCCAUGCCGAGACCCAGCAGGGAGAUGGUCCGAGGGGAGAUCCUGCCCAGUGCCUGGAUCCUGCAGCCCCUCACUGUGGAAGGGAAGGAGAUCACCAGAGUCAUCUACUUGGCCCAGGUAGAACUCGGUGCUCCAGGAUUCCCCCCUCAGCUCCUAAGCUCCUUCAUCAAGCAACAGCCGCUGGUUAUAGCCAGACUGGCUUCCUUCCUUGGUAGUUAGCAUCUCAUGGUCAAGAUGGUGCUCCAGGACGUCCCAGAGAUGCUGGGGCAGUUCUUGUUACUCUCUGUAUCCUGAUGCAAGAAGAACCGAGGCUACCUACUGUGGCCGACUGGGCAGACAGCACUCAGCCCCAAGUUCCCAGCGAACCUGAUCAAUACUUGGUCACAGCUGGCACUUCUGCAGAGCAAGGGGGCCUGAGCUCCUGGCUAUCCAGAGUGAAUGAAGCUCAACUCACCUUUUUGGACUUCUCACCUUUCUUUCCUGUCUGGGACCCUACGGCAUACAGGCCACUCGAGGAUCAGGACUGGGCCUGAGCUGGGAGACUGCAGUGCUCUGACAUGGUGCUUACUUAGUUCGGUGCAGCCCUUGGCCUGGUGGGGAAGCAAGCAGCCAGUGGCCAAGACUCUGCUCAGAAUCUGCCUCCAGAAUUCAGCUACACUGUGGGAUGGAGUGUAAGGAAACAGAAAACAGUUUAAAAAACAGCUGCACAAA